AUGUCGAAAGCGGCCCCCAAGAAGGCGGUGGCCCCGCCGCCCCCCGGCUGCACCCUGGACAUUAACGACCCACAGGUGCAGAACGCGGCCAUCCGCAUCCAGGCCUCCUACCGGGGACACAGGUCCCGCAAGGAGCUGAAGGAGAAGGGGCCCCCGCGGGUGCUGCAGGCGCUGAAGGACGUGAUGCUGAUCGAGGGCAGCGCCGCCCGCCUGGAGUGCCGGGUCAGCGCCUUCCCCGACCCCUUCAUCCGCUGGCUCAAGGACGGGCAGGAGCUCAAGGACGGGCCCAAGUAUCGCUACGUCUUCGAGGACCCCGACAUCGUGGCGCUGGUGGUGCGGGACGGCGAACUGGCCGACCUGGGGCGCUACACCAUCUCCGUGAAGAACCCCUUCGGGGAGUGCGCCGACUCCGCCCGCAUCCUGGUGGAAGUCCCUGCCAAGAUCGAGAAGGGGCCGGAGAGCACCAAGGCGAAGAAAGGCGCCACGGUCACCCUGACGGCGCACAUCAGCGGCGAGCCGGCGCCCGACGUGGGCUGGGCCAAGGAUGGGGAGGACAUCGAGGAGGAUGACAGGGUGUUCUACGACAUCGGCAGCAACUCGACCACGCUCACCAUCAAGCGGGUGGCCGCGAGCGACGCCGGGAAGUACGAGGUCUUCGUGGAGAACAGCCUGGGCACAGACGAGUCCUUCGCCCGCCUGGACGUGCUCUGACCCCGCUGCCCACACAUCGCUGUCACCGGACCCCGCCAGCGCCUCCCGCACCCGGGGCUCGGCCCCCUGGCACGGACCCUGCUCCCGCCAGCGCCAGCA